GCACUCGGCAAAAGUUUCUCGAGGGAGUCUAUAGGAGCGGAUAGAGAAAUCUCGGGUGCGGAGUCCUCUUGCAACGAUGGCGAAACACGAAGAUCUUCCGGUUCCUAUUUUUGCUUCACUGGACCCUGUCUAUGGUGGAGGAUCUCAGCUCGAAGAGGCCAAGCUUCGUUUUGACAAUUUGAAGUCCAAGUUUCAAAAAGUUUUCGGUCAUCCUCCUGAACUCUUCGCCCGUUCACCAGGUAGAGUGAACUUAAUCGGGGAGCAUAUUGACUACGAAGGAUAUUCAGUUUUGCCGAUGGCAAUUCGGCAAGAUACGAUCGUGGCAAUUCGGAAAAAUAAUGCCGACAAUAUUCUUAGAAUUGCUAACGUGAAUGAUGAAAAACAUAGUAUGUGUAUUUAUCCAGCUGAUCCUGACCAGGCACUCGACUUGAAGAAUCACAAAUGGGGCCAUUAUUUCAUAUGUGGGUACAAAGGUUAUUACGAAUAUGCAAAAUCAAAAGGAGUGGAUGUUAGUAAAAAAGUUGGACUUGAUGUUCUUGUUGAUGGAAUAGUUCCUCAAGGUUCUGGGCUAUCAAGCUCUGCAGCAUUUGUCUGUUCUUCUACAAUUGCCAUCAUGGCUGCCUUUGGAGUGAAUUUUGCAAAGAAAGAACUUGCACAAGUUACUUGUGAAUGUGAAAGGCAUGUUGGAACACAAUCUGGUGGGAUGGAUCAGGCAAUCUCUGUUAUGGCCAAGACUGGGUUUGCUGAGCUUAUUGAUUUCAACCCCAUUCGUGCUACGGAUGUGCAACUUCCUGCUGGUGGGACUUUCGUAAUUGCCCAUUCUUUAGCAGAGUCUCAAAAGGCUGUGACUGCUGCUACCAAUUAUAAUAAUAGGGUUGUUGAAUGUCGUCUGGCUUCUAUUGUGCUCGGCAUAAAACUGGGAAUGAAGCCACAGGAGGCAAUAUCAAAAGUGAAAACAUUGUCUGACGUAGAAGGGUUAUGUGUAACGUUUGCUGGUAAACAUAAUUCAUCUGAUCCUGUCCUUGCUGUCAAGGAAUUUUUGAAGGAAGAGCCAUAUGCAGUUGAAGAGAUUGAGAAAAUUACUGGGGAAAAGCUUACCUCAUUUUUGGGCAAUAAUGCAGCUUAUUUGGAUGUUCUAAAAGUUGCUAAGCACUACAAGUUACAUCAGAGAGCUGCCCAUGUGUACUCAGAAGCCAGGAGGGUACAUGCUUUCAAGGACAUUGUAUCGUCAAAUUUAAGUGAGGCUGAAACACUCAAAAAGCUUGGUGACUUGAUGAAUGAGAGCCAUUAUAGCUGCAGUGUUUUAUAUGAAUGCAGCUGUCCAGAAUUGGAAGAACUUGUAAACAUAUGCCGCAAAAAUGGCGCUCUGGGGGCGAGGCUUACCGGGGCCGGAUGGGGUGGUUGUACUGUCUCUUUGGUGAAAGAGAGCCUGGUCCCACAAUAUAUCCUAAAUUUGAAGGAACAAUUUUUCCAGUCUAGGAUUGACAAGGGGGUAAUCAACAAGAAUGAGCUUGGACUUUAUGUAUUUGCCUCCAAGCCAUCAAGUGGUGCUGCUAUUUUCAAGUUUUAAGUACCGUUUCUACUUUUGAAACUUUUUCAACCUUCGUAGCUAAAACCAUGUUAGAGAUUUCCUUUUUAAUUCUCAUACGUUUGUUAAUAAUCAAUCUGUAACUUAAAUCAAUAAAUCAAUGAUAAACAAUUUUGCCGGCAGCGCAA